CAUAAGGGAAGGAAAUCUGCACAUGGUUUCCGGAAGAUGUCGAAUCUAAAUAGUUCAAUCAGGUCAAAAUGCAGAAAGCUUUUUGUGGCUGCUAUCGACUUUGGGACAACUUAUUCGGGAUACGCCUUCUCCUCUACCUCGGAUUGGUCUAAAGUGUUGACCAGUAAUUGGACUGGGGGUAAGGUUGUCACCUUAAAGACUCCCACAGCUUUACUGUUAGAAGCGGACCAAACAUUUAAGGCCUUUGGAUAUGAGGCGGAGGACCAGUAUAUAGACUUGGCACGAGAUGAAGAACACGAGGAUUAUUAUUUCUUUCAUCGAUUUAAGAUGAUACUACAUUCCGAAAAAGCAAUAAGUAGAAAAACAAAGCUGAAAGAUGCCUCAGGUAAAGAAAUGGAAGCCCUUAAAGUGUUCAAGAUAUCUAUAGAGUUUCUGGUGGGUGACCUGAUGAAAACUCUAAAGAACAGUUAUCCAGAUAUAAAGGAAUCGGACAUUGACUAUGUUAUCACUGUGCCUGCAAUUUGGGAUGACAGAUCAAAGCAGUUCAUGAGAGAGGCUGCACGAGAGGCUGGGAUUGAGCGAUCAUCUUUGACUAUUGCUUUAGAGCCAGAAGCUGCAUCCAUUCAUUGUCAGUAUCUACCAGCCAAAGAUCUUAAUCUCUCACAGUCUAAAUAUCUGGGAGAACUUGCUGUUGGGAGCAAGUAUUUAGUGGCUGAUUUGGGAGGGGGUACAGCAGACAUAACAGUGCAUCAUAAAAUUGAUGACGGAUCUCUAGAGGAAAUGCGGGAGGCCAGCGGAGGACCAUGGGGAGGUAAAUCUGUGGAUGACGAAUUUGAAAAGUAUAUUGAGGAAAUCAUUGGAACAGAGUCCAUGAAAGAGUUAAAGAAGUCAUCGUUUGAUGAUUAUUUAGAACUAAUGAGGAACUUCGAGUUAAAGAAGAGAUCAGCUAAGCCAGGGAAAGAAGGAAACACACAUCUGUCCAUUCCACUGGGUCUUGUACAAAUUGUCAAAAAAGAUAAAUCCAGGAAAUCUCUAGAAAAAGCAAUUGAACAGUCCAAAUAUGCAGGAAAAGUCACUUUUGAAAACUGGAAGUUGAAGUGGAAAAACGAAGAUUUUCUUCAUUUCUUUGACAACACCAUUAAGAAAAUUAAAGAACAUUUACGAGGAAUUUUGUAUGAUAGUGAUAUGGUUGCUGUGGAAACAAUUCUAAUGGUAGGCGGUUUUGCUGAAUGUGAAGUUGUCCAAAAAGCUGUAAGAGAGGGAUUCAAAAUGAAACGUGUAGUUGUCCCUGAUGAUGCAGGCAUUUCUGUCUUAAAAGGCGCUGUGUAUUUUGGACACAUUCCUGAUGCCAUAUCUAGGAGAACAGCUCGAUACACCUAUGGCAUCCAAAGCUGGCCCGAGUUCAAUCCAACAAAACACCCAGAGAGCAAAAAAGUUGAAGUCAAUGGAAGAGCUAGAUGUAAAGAUGUUUUCUUCAAGUAUAUAACAAAAGGACAGCAUUUGACAGCAGGGUAUGAAAAAUCUCAAAUAUUUCAAGCUUUGAACCCAAAAGAGAAGAAAUUAGAGUGUGCAAUUUACAUCUCCGACAGCAAAGAUCCUAAAUACGUAGAUGACCCAGGAUGUCACCGCUUGGGGGUCUUAGUUAUACCCCUACCAGAUUUGCCAGAUGGUGCAUCAAUUGAAUUGGAAGAAAGUAUGAUAUUUGGAGAGACUGAGCUAAGACUUCAGGCUAAGGAUAUAUUUUCAGGAAAGAGUUAUGAAGUACAAUUAGAUCUUUUGGCUGAACCUUCGACUGAUGAAUAAGACUAAUUUUUUAGAGCUAAUUGUUUUUAAAGCAGAAAAUUAAAAGUGUUGAUACUUGCCAGUAUGCUGACAUUGUGGAUAACAUGAUCAGUUACUUAUGGAGAGAACUUUAAACAUCUUGCAAUAUUCUUAGAUCAAGGUGGUUCAUUUUAAAGUUUUGGAAAUAUUUGAGAUGUGGUUGUCUAAAAGUGUUGAAAAUUUGUAAAAAUAUAUAUAAAAUGCUACCCAUUACGAAUUCCUGAAUAUUAGAAAUCUAACCAAGAAAAACACUUUAAAAAAUAAAGAGGAAGAAUAAAAAUUAACACAUUGUAAACUGACAUAAACAUGAGAGCCUCUUCUUAUAUGUCAAAGAAAAUAAUUGAACUUUGUUAAGAUUGAGGGGAGUAUUUAUUAUUUUAAUACACUGACAUUGUUUGAUUUUUUUUUGUUUUUUAGUCGAAUAUUUUUUGUCAAUUUUAUUUAAAGAAAUAAACAUUUGAAAUAUG